AUGGCGAAAGCAAAUGUAUUUCUCCUCUCCAUUGUUCUCAUGGCUUCACUCGCUUCCCUUUCCCACGGCCUUAUAAUAAACGGACUUCAAAUUGGGACAAUCAGUGUUCGAGGUGUCUUGCGUUGUACACUUACCGGUAACCUAAACGCGCCUCUCGUUAACGAUGCGACCGUUUUCUUAACAUGUGCCGGUUCAAGCGCGACUCUCGGCCAAGCAGUGACCGAUCUCGCCGGUGCCUUCAACAUAUUGGCCAAAAUUGCGGACACUGUUGCCUUUGACCGCUCGCGGUGCAUUGUCACGGUACGUGUUCCUGUGGCCACGUGUUCCGUUUUCCCACCGGACGCUGUCAUCUCUUCCACCGUUACUCUGGUCAGUGUCGUCCAGACGAAUACCGGAAAUAUCGCCAACUUUGUCACUGGAACUUUCCUCCGUUUCUGA